UUCAUCCAUUUAUGUAUAUAACCCAUUUCUUUCAUUUGCCAAAAUAAAUAACAGAUGUUUAUGGUGAAAAGGGCCUUAUGGGAGCCCAAUGUCGAUCCAUGUGGCCCAUGUUACAUGGUUCUACAAUUUCCUUUUUCUUUUUCAGCUUUUCCUUUUCCUGGAAAAAAACGAGCUUUGCGGAGAGAUUGAUCGCGCAGAGGGAGAGAGAGGGAGGAAGAAGGAGAAGCGGGGGAAGAUGAUAUACCGCAAGUGGAGUCUGCUCACUGGUCCCGCCGCCAUACUCGGCGGCGUCGCGGCCACUGUGGUCGUUGCCAAUCACAUCUUCGUCGAGCACGAUCCAUUCCGCAAACAAGAGCAGAGCAGACUGAUGCACAACCAUUGGCCAAGUGAUUAUGGGGAGAUUCUGCGGGACAAUCUUUGAUCUGGUUUGUCAAUGUUCUUGAACCUUGUGUUGGAAUAAAAGGCUAAAAUUAAAUUUCAUUGGAGUA